GAUGGCGCACCCGGAUUGCCUCAAGGACUUCGACAUGAAGUCCGAGCUGGAAUGCCGCUGCGUGCCCCUUUAUGGCAAGGUGUCUACGUUAAAACUCAAAAAUGCGGGCCGCAUCGAGGAGGCCAAGAAGCUGUUCAAUGAAGUCAGCCAAAUGGCCUGGGAAGGCGAGCAUCGAACGUAUGCACCCGGCCAGGCAGUUCCGUGGGAU